AUGCGCCUCCUUCUGCUCGGCGUUCUUGCGGGGCUCGCGGGCGGCGCCGCUCUCGUCGCGGGCGUCGCCCGCGGCUCGGACUCGAUCAUGCACACCAGCAUCGGCUUCGACGGGCACUCGACGGAGGCGGCGCGCUCGGCGCCGCCCGGCUGUGAGAUCGCAGCCGGGGUCACCUCCCAAUCAGCGUGCGGCGCCGGCCGCAUCACGCUGGGCGUCACUGCCGACGUCCAGCGCAAGAUCUUCAACAACCGCGGCAGCUUCAGCGGGCCGCACAAGACGUGCUCCGCCUUUGACGGCUGCCGCGGCGGCGGCGACUUGGCGGACAAGCUGGUGAGACUCGCCGGCAUCGGGUGGCACGGGCCGAACGCCUCCGCGUCGCUCGGCGACGACGCGUGCGCGGAGGCGGCCAACAAGGAGAUGUGCAUCAUGAACGUGCGCACGUGCGCGACCAGCGAGUCCUGGGACGCGAACGUGGGCAACAAGUCGAGCGAGUUCUCGCUCGAGGGCAACUCGGCGCACGCGUGGAACAAGGGCGUCGCCCUCCACGCCGGUUUGCUCGAGGCCCCCCUCGGUUUCGACCGCAAAUUUCUCUACCCGCUGGCGGGAACGCUGCACGCCUCUGGCACCUGCAGUGCAGGCGGCGGCGAGACAUUGGGGCAGUCUCGGCCGACAACCGAGAAGCUCUUGAUUGGCGCGCGCGACUUCGUUCGCGCUAUCGUCAACAAGAUUAGCUCUUUGAUGACGGCGAUCCAGCAGAGCCAGCUGCGCUCUGAGCGCAAGGCUGGCGCGGAUCUGUCGCAGAUGAACGCGGCGGAGGAGGGCGCCAGCACCGGCACGCACGGCGCGAUCAUCGGACGGAAGGGGCGGACGGUGCCGGCCUUUGCGCACCCCUCGAGCGCGUCCGAGCUCAUUGGCGCUGAGACCGCACCUUCAACGGCCGCUAUCGAGGCGAAACUCGCCGUCGGCGGGGCUGAAGUCAACGGCGAAGAGCACGGCCUCGCCACACCGCUCCACGCGAGCAAGGGGCGAGUCGGCACCGACGGUGGGAGCGGCUCCUCCCCACCCGGCCUCCUACUGGCCAGUACCUCCAGUCCCGGCGCUGACAUCGACGUGGUCGCCGACCCCUCGUCGGGCGGGACCGCGACUGUCCACGCGAGCGCCACGGCGCACUCCGCUGGCACGCGGGCGGCGACGCUCCGUGCGGCGUCCGCCGUGCAGGGCAGCAACACGAGUCGGCUCGCGUCUCCCAAGGCGCUUCCCUCUGGGCUGGUCUCAAGUUGCCAGAUGCGGCUCUCUGAGCCAACCCUCGCCUGCCGCGCCGACGUCGGCGAGGCGCUGGGCACGUCGUGGGCCUCCGGGCAGCAGCUGCUUCGGCCUACGCAGGGCGAGAAGCUGCUCCAGACCGGCGCGCGCGGCUUCGUGCGCGCCUUCGUCGACAAGAUCAGCACUUUGAUGACGGCGAUCCAGCAGGGCCCGCUGCGCCCUGAGCGCAUGGCUUGCGCGGCUUGCGCGGAUCAGUCGCAGAAGAACGCGGCGGAGGGCGCCCUCCUGACGGCGGGUGUGCUGCCCCUCGCCCACGAGUGCGGCGCGGCGGCGGCCGCGACCACCAGCGGCCCCAUCGCGGGCGACACGGAUCACAGCACCGGCACGCACGGCGCGAUCAUCGGACGGAAGGGGCGGACGGUGCCGGCCUUUGCGCACCCCUCGAGCGCGUCCGAGCUCAUUGGCGCUGAGACCGCACCUUCAACGGCCGCUAUCGAGGCGAAACUCGCCGUCGGCGGGGCUGAAGUCAACGGCGAAGAGCACGGCCUCGCCGCACCGCUCCACGCGAGCAAGGGGCGAGUCGGCACCGACGGUGGGAGCGGCUCCUCCCCACCCGGCCUCGCCGUGGCCAGUACCUCCAGCCCCGGCGCUGACAUCGACGUGGUCGCCGACCCCUCGUCGGGCGGGACCGCGACUGUCCACGCGAGCGCCACGGCGCACUCCGCUGGCACGCGGGCGGCGACGCUCCGUGCGGCGUCCGCCGUGCAGGGCAGCAACACGAGUCGGCUCGCGUCUCCCAAGGCGCUUCCCUCUGGGCUGGUCGCAAGUUGCCAGAUGCGGCUCUCUGAGCCAACCCUCGCCUGCCGCGCCGACGUCGGCGAGGCGCUGGGCACGUCGUGGGCCUCCGGGCAGCAGCUGCUUCGGCCUACGCAGGGCGAGAAGCUGCUCCAGACCGGCGCGCGCGGCUUCGUGCGCGCCUUCGUCGACAAGAUCAGCACUUUGAUGACGGCGAUCCAGCAGGGCCCGCUGCGCUCUGAGCACGAGGUUUGCGCGGCUUGCGCGGAUCAGUCGCAGAAGAACGCGGCGGAGGGCGCCCUCCUGACGGCGGGUGUGCUGCCCCUCGCCCACGAGUGCGGCGCGGCGGCGGCCGCGACCACCAGCGGCCCCAUCGCGGGCGACACGGAUCACAGCACCGGCACGCACGGCGCGAUCAUCGGACGGAAGGGGCGGACGGUACCGGCCUUUGCGCACCCCUCGAGCGCGUCCGAGCUCAUUGGCGCUGAGACCGCACCUUCAACGGCCGCUAUCGAGGCGAAACUCGCCGUCGGCGGGGCUGAAGUCAACGGCGAAGAGCACGGCCUCGCCGCACCGCUCCACGCGAGCAAGGGGCGAGUCGGCACCGGCGGUGGGAGCGGCUCCUCCCCACCCGGCCUCGCCGUGGCCAGUACCUCCAGCCCCGGCGCUGACAUCGACUUUGUCGUCGACCCCUCGGCGUGCCUUGAGCUGUCGCUGCGUAGGCAGGUCAAGAAGACGGGGGCGGGCCGCAGCCACGAAGCUGGCUCCGUGCAUUGGCUCGCCAGCGCACGUGCUCUCCGAGUUGGCAUUGUGAUCCUCUUCUUCCUCGACAUGUCGGACGAGUGCAGCGGCGGCGUCGCCCCCGAUGCGCGCAAGGGCCCCGGAUGCGUAGCGGGCUCCAACCUGAAAAAAUACCUAGGCGAGUCGCUGACCACGGCCCAAUGCCAGGAACGCUGCGUCGAAUGGGCAGGGGAACAAGCAUGCGUGGGGUUCGAGUUUGGCGUCAAUCACGGCAGAAACGAUGACUACAAGCCGGGAGACUGCUGCUGCGCGCACAGAGACGGUAGGAGGGACAGCGUGUACUACGAAAGCAAUUGCGUCCCGCUGACGACCGGCCGCUGCCAGCCGGAGUGCUGGGCCAAGGGCGAAUGCGGCUCGGGCGCCGACUACGACAUGGACGGCAGUCAGAUCAUCCCUUGCAGCUCGAGUUGGCAACACUUUCCUCAAGCUUGCGUUUAUGGCAACAAUCUGGAACCGAAACACUAUGGCAAGACCACGGCCCAAUGCGAGGCUCUCUGUGUCGCAUACGGCACAACAUGCUUGGGCUUCGAGUUCGGCGUCAAUCACGGCAGAGGCGAUGACAACUGGCCGGGAGACUGCCAGCUCUCAAGCAGUGCUGCAUACUCCACCACGGGCUGCGGGCAAUCCCACAACCUCGACUUCUACCUCGUCCGGACCGUGGAUGAGCUACGCGCGGCUCUCGAGGGUAACGCCUCAGACAUAGUGCUCGCACCGGGUCGGUACUCGCUUACUAAGCAAAUCGUGAUCGAGCGAUCGCUCACUCUCCGUGCACUCACGCCAAGGACAGCGGUGCUCGAUGGAGGGGACAAAACAAGGGUGAUCUACGUCGACAUGAGCAGCAGGAACAUAAGGUGCAAGAACGACGACGGUUGGUUAAACACCAAGUACGAGUCCGUGUUUCUGGACGGACUCGUCAUUCAAAAUGGACGGAGUGAUGGUGGUGCGGGGAUCUUUGCGAUUGCAAGUGAUGAAUGUCGCUUGCACCUGAACGUCAAGGACAGCGAGUUUAAUGACAAUGAGCGUGGCAGAUCUGGCUCGGGGGGCGCACUCUCCACCGACCUUCCUGUUUACAGCUCUAUCUCGAAGUCUGUCUUCCGUCGCAAUCGCGCCCACGGAGAAUCAUACCAGAAGACAGGAACAUACGAUGGCACGGGCGGUGCCAUCGCUGUCCACUCCAGUCGCGCGCUCUUCAUCGACGAGUGCGUGUUUGAAGAUAAUCACGCCGACCGCGAAGGCCACCACCUUUUUGCUGAAAUUAGACAACAAGGAGGGCAGAAUUUCCCCAGUGAGUGGCAGAGUGGCUUUCCGGCAGAAUACGUGGCCCAGCACGGGGCCGACAAACAGUAA